AUGGCCCGCAAGUACUUCUACUUCGACUACGAUUAUUAUGGGAUGAACUUCUAUGAGGAAGAAAUCAUGACUGAACCUGAGGAAAACGUGAGCUACACAGCAAUCAGUAGCGGCUUUAACAGAGGAGAAGCAGACACUCUGAACGAGCUGUCCUGUGAGGGCUACCAGAACUCUCUAAGUGACCACAACUACCAAAGCCGUGACACGACUAACACCUGGAACACUGAGCAAGAAAAACCAGAGGAGGCCAGGGAUGUGGUCUGGACCAGAGAGCAGCCAUCAUUCAAAAUUCCUCAGAAACCAUACAAAUUCACGCCUGGGCAGCUGUGGGAACUUCAGGCAGUGUUCGAAGAAACUCAGUAUCCAGAUUCUCUCAGACGGAAAGAACUGGCAGAGCUCAUGAAUGUGGAAGAACAGAAAGUGCAGGAUUGGUUUAACAAUAAGAGAGCAAAACUGAGGAGGAAUCAGAGGAAAAUACUAAAGGGCAUAAACAUCCCUCCUACCCAGGAAAGCCUUCGCAUGAAGACUGUGGUGGAGUCCAAGAGCAUCUUCAUUCUCCAGGAGCAAGUGGAAGACGGGCUCUUCUGGUGA